CAUGCAGCACAGCCAAUGGGGGAGAUUUUAUUUUGGCGCUGAGACACAGGCCUUAAGCAGAGGGGGCUUUUGUUACAGCAAGAGGGAGGGGAGACAGCUAUAAUAAAAUAUAUGGGAGCCCAAUUUCCCUAGGUCUGCAGGAGCAUCCCGCAAAAAAACGGGGCCUCUCCCGCGAUUUCACAGCCACACAUCCUAUCACGGGUAUCGACAUACGACUGAUCUAGCCCCGUUUUUCCCAUACAACGGAUCAGAUCUAAGAAACGUGGAGUCAUAGGUCUUUGUGUGUUCUUGUGUUUAUGUUAACAGCACCAGGAAUCCAAUUUAUUUGGUGUAUUUGUUUAGAAUGGAACACGCUGAAGCAGGCCCUGUAAAAAAAAGGGAAACUUAAGGAUGCUGGAGCAGAACAAUGGAUUUCUCCUUCUCUUUCAUGCAAGGGAUCAUGGGAAACACAAUUCAGCAACCCCCUCAGCUUAUUGACUCAGCCAACAUCAGACAGGAGGAUGUCUAUGAAGCCAUCAGUGACCCCGGAGAUGACGGUGGGCAGCAAAACUUUGAGUCUCCGUUGGAGUCGGGCUUUUCUUACCCUGCUGAAGACCUCCCAGUCAUUACAAACGGUUACCCGGCGAGUGUAGGUUCCUAUGAACAACAGGCCAAAUUCGCCUUGUACUCUCAGUUCCCCAAUGGCUCUGCUAACGGUUACGGUGCCAUUCGAAACUACGGGGAUCACGGUUUGCUGCUCAGCGACGGUACAGUAUUGAGACAGCCGGUGGUCCAGGAGAAGCCUCAGACGCACAUCUCGCCUCCACCGCAUCCCCAUCAUCACCAUCAGCCUCAUCAUCAACACCAUCACCACCAUCAGCAACACCACCCACAUAACCCACCGCUGUUACCUCACCACCAUCACCCGCCUCCUGCCUCCCACCUCAUGCCUCAAGUCUUACCACCCCCUCCGCCCUUGCUCAUCCCCUCAUCUCCACCCAUCCUGUCGCCUCAAGACAGCACAGUUUCCAACCCCAUCGCACAAGCCACCACCACUCCCAAAAAGACAAGCUCCCCUGAGAUCAAGAUAAAGAUCAUUAAGACGUAUCAGAACGGCAGGGAGCUCUUCGAGUCCUCGCUAUGCGGCGACCUGCUUCAGGAGGUUCAGGCCGGCGAGGCUUCGAGGAGAAGACAUGAGCUGAAGAAGGAGAAGAGGAAAAAGAGAAGCAGCAGACACGGUGGUUUUCCGGAACAGGAGGGCCAGCCGCCGUGCAAAGGUGUGGAGGAAAGAUCAGGGAUGGUCCAAAGCUCUGCACAGCCCAGUGAAGGUCAUGUCACAACCGGUGAAGAACAACCUUCUUCAGCCCUCAAAAGGCCCAAAGCAGAACCCAAGGAACAGAGAGUCGAAAAGCACUUUCCUUCAGUCAUCACAAGCACUGGCUCUUGUAACGUGUACGAGAUCGGUGACUUGGUGUGGGCAAAGGUUGGAACUUAUCCUUGGUGGCCUUGCAUGGUGUCAUCGGACCCUCAAACAAGCGUUCAUACACAUAUUAAUACAAGAGGUCUUAGGGAAUACCAUGUGCAGUUUUUUGGGAGUGUUCCCGAGAGGGCCUGGGUCCAUGAGAGAAGAACCAGGGUGUACCAGGGUGAAAGCCAGUUCGAGGAGUUGCAAGCAGACACUCUACGGAAAACAACUAACCCAACUGAGAAGCAAAAGCUCCUGAAGCCUCAGUCUCAAAAGGAGCGCGCUCAGUGGGAAGUGGGCAUGGGCCACGCGGAAGCCGCCCUGUUGAUGACUCGAGAAGAACGCAACGAGAACUACACCUUCAUCUACAUCGACAAGGAACCCGGUGCUGCAGACGCUGUGACUUCACCUAGGCCUACCGCAAAACCCCGUCCCGAACGGAAGCAGAGACGCUCCAGAGCCAGCAGCAAAGGAAAAGAAGAGACUGUCCCUCGCCGGCAGCAGCCACGGAGGCAGUGCAGCAUCAACAGUCUUGAGGAACCAUCGUCUCCCAAUCAAGGAGAUGAUGAUGAUGACGAUAUGGACCACAAACAGCAACUGAGCAGUCCUCCAGAACCAGAACCCCAGGAACCCUCCCCACCUCCGGUCAGGACGCCCUGGAGGACUGCUGCGGCCCGCAAGCUCCUCCCACUCUCCAUAACCAUGAAGAAACUCAACGUGGAGAUCAUCAAAUGCGACUGGCAGCUCCAGAAGGAUAAGCUAGAAAUUCCUAAGAAGGUGGAGAGUGAGGAGAGGCCUUGCGAUCAGGUUCGCUCACCUGAGGGCUCCAGCGAUAAAGCCGAACCAGAGACAUGUUCCAGUGAAGAAGAACGGGCCGCGUCUCCCGCAGGCUGGAGUGACCAGGAGAGUGCAGAGCAUGCAUCGCCGACAGAGCAAUCCUCAGAGCCUCUAGAGAGAAAACAGCAGCGCAGGUCCGUGCGGAGCCGCUCUGAGUCGGAGAAAAGUGUGGAACCAGUGCCAAAAAAGAAAGUGAAGAAAGAACAGAUGGAAACUGCACCUCAAAUGGAUUUCAAAACAGGGUCACAGAAAGGAGCCAGUGAGAUCUCAGAUUCGUGUAAACCGUUAAAGAAACGCAGCAGAGCCUCUACAGAUGUGGAGAUGGCCAGUUCUCUGUACAGAGACACUUCUGACUCGGAUUCCAGAGGACUCAAUGAUCCACAGACUGCAUUCGGGAAGCGUUCAGACAGUCCUGCUACAGUAGAUGCUGAUGGAUCAGAUGCCCAGUCAGUGGACUCCAGCUUGUCCCGUCAGGGGGGAAGCUCUUCAAAAAAGGACACAGUUUGCCAUGUCUGUGAAACAUUUGGGGAUUCACUGGUGAGCUGUGAGGGAGAGUGUAACAGACUCUUUCAUCCAGACUGUCUGGCAUCCAACAACGGGACAGAGGGAGAUCUCAUGUGUACAGAGUGUAAGACAGGGUCCCACAUCUGUUUCUCCUGCAACGAGUCAGAAGGCGAGUUGAAGCGCUGCUCUGUGAAUGGCUGUGGACGCUACUACCACGACACCUGCGCCCGCAGACACCCUGGCACCACGACCGACGCGAGAGGCCUCCGCUGCCCGCAACACAGCUGCGCCACGUGCUGUCUCGACAGAGACCUUCACAAAGCCAGCAAAGGUCGCAUGAUGCGCUGCAUCCGGUGUCCAGUAGCGUAUCACACAGGGGACGGAUGUGUGGCAGCCGGAAGUGUCUUGAUAACACCACACAUCAUCAUAUGUAGCAACCACUCCAGUUCAAGGAGGAACGGACACUUCUCCUCACCUGUUAACGUAGGCUGGUGCUUCAUCUGCGCUCGAGGGCUUUUAGUGCACGACCAUACUGACACCGUAUUAAGUUCAUAUACCUUUAAGUCGCACUACCUUCUGACUGAGUCAAAUCGUGCUGAGUUGAUGAAAUUACCUAUGAUUCCUUCUUCUUCGUCAGCUACCAAAAAGAAUAUUGGGAAAGGAGGAAGAUUGUUGUGUUGCGAGGCCUGCCCCGCCUCGUUCCACCCCGAGUGUUUGAACAUGGAGAUGCCGGAGGGGACGUGGCUGUGCGGGGAAUGCAGAUCAGGCAAAAAGCCCCACUAUAAGCAGAUAGUCUGGGUCAAGCUGGGCAACUACAGGUGGUGGCCUGCUGAGAUUUGCAACCCUCGCUUGGUUCCCUCAAACAUCCAAAGUCUGAAGCAUGACAUUGGUGACUUCCCGGUCUUUUUCUUUGGAUCCCACGACUAUUACUGGAUUAACCAGGGCAGAGUUUUUCCAUACGUUGAGAGUGAUAAGAACUUCGCAGAGGGGCAAGUUGGCAUCAACAAGACUUUCAAGAAAGCUCUCGAAGAGGCGGCCAAAAGGUUCCUUGAGCUAAAAGCACAGCGGGAAACCAAGGAGGCCCUGGAACAGGAGCGCAACUCUCGCCGACCCCCACCAUACAAGCUCAUCAAGUCCAAUAAGCCUGUUGGCAAGGUGCAGGUGCACGUCGCCGAUCUCUCCGAGAUCCCCCGCUGCAACUGUAAACCCACAGAUGAGCGGCCGUGCAGUCAGGACUCGCAGUGUCUGAACCGCAUGCUGCAGUACGAGUGUCACCCGCAGGUCUGUCCCGCUGGGGACCGCUGCCACAACCAGUGCUUCUCCAAACGUCUGUAUCCCGACAGUGAGGUCAUCAAGACCAACGGCCGAGGGUGGGGCCUGAAGACCAAACAGGACCUGAAGAAGGGUGAUUUUGUCAUGGAGUACGUCGGCGAGCUGAUCGACUCGGAGGAAUGCAAACGACGAAUAAGACAUGCCAACGAAAACCACGUGACUAACUUUUACAUGCUGACUCUCACUAAGGACCGUGUGAUAGAUGCUGGACCCAAAGGAAACCUGUCACGCUUUAUGAACCACAGCUGCAAUCCGAACUGUGAAACUCAGAAGUGGACUGUGAACGGGGACGUGCGAAUAGGCCUUUUCACAUUAUGUGAUAUCGCUGCUGACACGGAGCUGACCUUCAAUUAUAACUUGGACUGUCUGGGUAACGGAAGGACGUCGUGCCACUGCGGGGCUGAAAACUGUAGCGGUUUUCUCGGAGUCAAGCCCAAGAGUGCAGUGGUGAUGGAGAGGGAAGAGAAGGUGCGCAAUGCCAAACUCAAACCUAAGAAGCGUAAACUGAAGACCGAGAGCAAACAGACUCACGAGUAUUUCUGCUACUGCUGUGGAGAGGGAGGAGAGCUGGUUAUGUGUGACAGAAAGGACUGCCCGAAGGCCUAUCAUCUCCUCUGCCUCAACCUGACUAAACCUCCAUCUGGACGAUGGGAAUGCCCCUGGCACCAGUGCAGCGUGUGCCAGCGUGCCACGUCCUCCUUCUGCCACUUCUGCCCCUCUUCGUUCUGCCGAGAUCAUGAGAGAGGACAGCUAUCAGUGUCUGCCAUAGACAACCGACCCUGCUGCUCGAACCAUGACCCCCAGAGACCCUUAGGGCCCCAGGCAAACCCCAGCCAGUUCACCAUAAAGAAUGAACCGCUCGAACUCACAGAGGAACUAGGAGAGGACGGCGAUGAAGGGGUGGAGCAAGAGUGACUGAGCCAAAGCACUGAGAAGGACGAGGGCUACAAGAAAAUCACAACAAAGAACAUAAAACUACAACAACAGUGAACCGUAGAGCGACCACACUUGGCUAGCUGGUUACACCAAGUGAACAUUGGCGUUUGUUGUUCAUUCCAAAUAUACAGCAGCUGGUAUUUCUUUUUAACAUAUCGCAAUUUACAGCCUCAUGUCAGAAAAUGCUUCUGUAAUAACGCAAGCGAUUCACAUCUGGUUUUCUAAACAACUUUCACAGUUAAUCGUCACUUUUUCAGCUCCAUUUUUCCUCUUAAACGACAGCGAACUCCGUUUCCAACGGUACCGAAACACUCUUAGAAACACUUUAAAACAAGAACUUUAUUUAUGUACCUCAUGUAAAUAGCAAAGACUGUUGUAAUGCGCGUCGGGUGACAUCAGUCGCCUCUCGCCGGUAGGAUUUCACUACGUCCGAGUUAGUCACGGUUACAUUCGAAAGAAUCCAAGUAAGGUUUGUCAAACUGCCGCCCCAUUCCAGUGAGUUUGUGAUUUGUAAGAUAUAAUCAUUAAUAUAUUUAUGUCGGUGUUUACAUCCAUUCACAAUGUACAGUAUUCUUCAUCUGUAUUAGUCAAUUUGAUAUCACUUAUGGGAUAGUUGUAUACGUGCCCUUUUUGCCAUCAUGUAUAAGAGACACCGUAAUUCAAAAUAAUGAGUUCUAGAAGAUCAGUCCAAACGACAAUGUUCGAUGGUGUAGUGUUAAACAGCAGUCCACAUGUAUUCCAACACUGCCACGUGUCUCUUAAAGCAAAAUAUUUACCAGUGUGAGUAUUGAACAGGUGCCAGUGUUUAAAACCAAUUACAAGGAAUUCAUACGUUUCAGAGCAGCGCUAGUUGUGAGACUUUGAGUACAAUCUUGAAAUGUGUUUUUUUAGAUUCAUGUUUACAUUUGUGUUUUACAACAUGCAGGUGUAAAUAUAUUCAAACUGUCGGUUAAUUUCCCGUAAAGUUGUCAAUGUAUUCACGCAUUAUCGUGUAUUCACGCAUAGGAUGUAUUGCUGUACAAUAGAGACUCAUUUUGAAGGUAUCUGUACCUUAACGGCAGGCACACUUUGGUUUUAUGGCUCGAUGUUUAGCAUCUUUCUUGUAUUACGGUUUGGUUGUAAUGACAUACGCUACUAUGCUAAAAGUGAACAGCUGUCAUAACGUGGCGAGACGUAGGGAUGGCAGUGUGUAGCAGCAUUAUCCUCUCUGUGACCUACUUGAUGUGAAUCUACUCGAUAGCUUUGAUCUUGGAAGAACUUUCACCACGCCUGUGUGUUAACAUGUCAGUUCGAACUGUAAAGUACUUUGUUACUGUGCUAGUAUUGCUGUGCCACAGUUUGCUCGGGUGGAAGAAUCAAUUUCGACGGCGUCUAGACCCAUUGGAGUCCUAUGUAUGUUUUUAUAGAUCACAGUGCAAGUAUUAUAUGUGAUGGCACCACCAGUUUGUCACUUUAUGGAAAGGAGCUUUUGGUUUACUUGAUUCGGUUCCAUUUUGCCUUUUCAUUUCUGUAUUUAUUGUUCUUUGUCUCAAGACAAGAGAGACUAAAAAAAAGUUUUUUUUAGUGGACGACAAAUUUAAGGAAUUCUAAAGAUUGGACUGCCAAACUGAGAUUUAUAUGUUUGUGAAAAUACUUUGUGUAAACUUUUUCUGUUUGGAAAUAUGGAGGCAAUUCAGGUGUUUGCUUGUUUGUAUUCUGAUUGUGUUUCUCUCAUUGUCAUUUGUAUAGUUUGCAUUUAUUUUUAUAUAGGUUGUUUUUAUCUUUAGAGACCAUAGGCACUUUUGCUCCUGAAAUACCAAUAUCUGCCCUUAUGUUUGUAAUGAAAAUAUCAAGGCGAGACUUCUCGUCUGGUUUAACUUAGUUUUUUGGCCUUGUUUCAUCGUGAUCACUAGAAAUUGCCAAUGACAAAAAAUAAACAAAUGGCUUUAAAACCUCAGUACAGGAUUUGGCUAUCAUGGAAAAUCAUUUUCAUCAGUGCCAUUUGUUUAUGCCGUGGCUUUAUCACUGGUUUGCCUGUAAUUGAUAUCUAUUUCGCCGCAUCAGAUGUUAAAAGUGUAUUACCUCCAUUGAUUCCAGUGUUUGGUGUCAGUGCACUGUACUUUGUGUACAUUUUUUGUGUAUUUGAAGGUGUCAUAAUCAUUUUGUGCUAUCCAAGCAUGUUCUUUGUGUUGCUUAAAAUUUACUCCAGUUGGUGUCCUACCGACUGACACGAUUUGAUUUUAUGUACCGAUUUCACAUUCCUUUUAAAUAGACUGUUUACUAAUUCUUGCUACUGAGUUACAGAGUUUGUGUAUUAGUGUGUUAACGUAAAAUUUUCACCAUGCACAUUGAAUCGGACUACACACUCCAACUUAAAUCAAACUUAUCCUAAAUGAUACGGCUUGGGUAGAAUGUAUGUCCUCUCCAAGUUUUUUAACGAUAUAGUCGUGAAUAGAGGCUUCUUCGGCUAUGUUAUGUAGCCUAUGUCAUUGCAUUGUGUAAGGGAAUGAUGCUUGAUCAAUUGUACAUAGCUGGGAAAAAAAUCUCAAUUGUCAUAUUGUAGUGUCAUAAGAAUGCUGUAAUAUUGCUUCUGAAUGUUUGUGAACGUAGAAACAUUUUGUACAUUUCUUUUCUUGUAUUUUAUUUGACCAACUUUUGAGAUGUAUUUCUUCAGAAUUCAUAAUUUAUUCUGAGAGUACUUUAAGCGACAUUCCACAGAUUGAAACGUUUUCAGACUUGCCUGGUUUGACUUCAAUAAACUGUAAUGAAUGUU